CGCUGCCCGGCUUGCCCGAGCGCGCGUGCGGACUGCCCCUGCCGCGCUGCGACGUCAAGAGUGCGUGCUCGGAGGCCGCCCGCCGUGCCCUUCCAAGCAGGCGCCCCCGCAUGCGCCCGCCGGGCGCCCCAGAUGGCGCCGGGCGCGGGCCGGCGGCCGCGGGACGGCCGGCCGGCCUGCUGCGGCUGCUUCGCCUUCGGGCGGAGGGCGGCGGCAGAGGAGCGGCGCGGGCUGUCGGCCAAGGACGCGGCGGAGACCGCCCAGGACGACGGCGGUGCCGCCGCGCUGGGGAGCGCGAGCCAGGCGGACCAGAAGGUCCACAACCUGAUGCAGCGCUUCCCAGACGUGAGCCAGGAUCGGAUCCGAAGGGCCCUGGAGCUGCACGAGGGCCACGCCGGGGCGGCGUCCCAGCACCUGCGCUCCCUCCAGCGGCAGGGCGGCUCGCCCCAGCGGCACGCGGACGCGGGCCGCGGCGGCGGCUGUGGUGCACCCGCGGGCGGGCGGCGGACGAGCACCGCCGACGAGAAGG